AUGUCUUCAAAUGACGCACCAGUUUACACACUUGCCGAGGGACGCCCCGUCCAGGACCCUUCGGCUGCCACGGUCCUGAUGGGCUCGAAGCCUCGUGGCGGAGCCCUCUCUCUCCUCGCAGACACCCAGUUGAUCGAAACCCUCGCACACUUCCCCCGAGAACGCAUCCCCGAACGUGUCGUCCACGCCAAGGCCGCCGGUGCCUGGGGAGAGUUUGAGUGCACGGAAGAUGUCUCGGACUUUACGUCUGUUGACUUUCUCAACAAGGUCGGAAAGAAGACCAAGGUCCUGGCCCGUAUCUCCACGGUAGCGGGCGAGAAGGGCUCUGCGGAUACAGUUCGUGACAUCCGCGGUUUCGCCGUCAAGUUCUUCACCGAGGAGGGCAACUGGGACUUUGUCGGCAAUGACCUGCCCGUCUUCUUCAUCCGCGAUCCCGUCAAGUUCCCCAGUCUCAACCGCUCCCACAAGCGCCACCCCCAGACCAACGUGCCCGACUCGACCAUGUUCUGGGAUUUCCACAGCAACAACCAAGAAGGCGUCCACUGCUUGAUGCAGCUCUUUGGCGGCCGUGGCAUCCCCGCCUCUCUCCGCAAUGUCAACGCCUUUGGCAACCACACCUACAAGUUCGGCAAGCCCGAGGACGGCACGUUCAAGUACGUCAAGAUCCACUUGAAGCCCGACGCCGGCAUCAAGAACCUCGAGUCCGACGAAGCCCUCCGCCUGGCUGGCGAAGAACCCGACUACCACAUCAAGGACAUGUACAAUGCCAUCGAGCGCGGCGACUACCCCACCUGGACCAUGUACUUCCAGAUCAUGGACCCCAAGGACGCCGAAACCUACCGGUACAACAUCUUUGACAUUACACAGACCUGGUCGCAUCGGGAUUAUCCUCUGCGUCCCAUCGGUAAACUCAGGCUCAACAAGAACCCGGAAAACCACUUCCAGGAUAUCGAGCAAGCCGCCUUCUCCCCCUCUACCAUGGUCCCUGGCAUUGGCCCUAGCGCGGACCCCAUGCUCCAGGCUAGAAUGUUCUCCUACCCUGAUGCCGCCCGCUACCGUGUCGGUCCCAACUACCAACAACUCCCUUGCAACCGCGCCUUGCACGUCUAUUCUCCGUAUCAGCGUGACGGCCCAAUGCGAGUAGACGGUAACUAUGGUGGCGACCCGGAUUAUGUGCGGUCUUCCUUCCGUCCCAUGCGUUUCGGUCCCCCUGACGUCGCUCACGACGAGUGGGCCGGUAAGGUUGCCUUGUUCACCUCGGAAGUGACCGACCUCGAUUUCGAGCAGCCGAGGGAUCUGUGGAAGGUCUUCAAGGAGACCGGAGAAGACAAGCGGUUUGCCAAGAACGUGGCGGCGCAUGUGGGCAAGGCGUUGCCGGAGGUGCAGAAGAAGACAAUCGAGAUGUUUAGUAAGGUUGAUCAGGAGGUGGGAGAGGCUAUCCAAAGGGAGUUGGAUGAGCUUGAGAAGAAGGGCGGUGCGGGCAUUGAGCAUGACAAGGCACCGGUAAAGGGGAAGGGAAUGAGGUGUAAGGAUUCAAAGGAUGAUGAGUGAUGCAUUGCAACUUGUGAAUGAUGAUUGAAUUCUAUAGCGCAUUUGUUAGAAAGGUCUUGUAUUUUCUCGAUUCGAUUCUCUUGCGUCCUGCUUCCUGCGAAUGCCAGUCGUUCCUGCA